AACAAUGUAAAGUGUGACACAUUAUUAUUUUUAAGUAUUCCUAAUCUGGUAAUUCCAAAAUCCAAAAAACCCUGAAAACUGAAACACCUCUGAUCCCAGCCAUUUCAAAUAAGGGAUAUUCAACCUGUUCAAGAAAUUCAAGGGAGAUACUUUGCAGUUCAGGUAAGAUAAGCUGUGUAGAAAUUAAGCAGGCUUUUGUUUUACACUUGAUUCAUUUAUUUGUACUAAAGUAGCUCAUUCAGUAACACCCCAUUUGUCUGGUCACUUUCCUGAAUAAGAUGGAAUUUUCCAGGUAACUGAUCAUAAAUUAGUUUUCCAGGUAACUGAGUCUUAAACAUUCAAGGACUCAAAUCUUUUUAUAUUUAACCAUUUUGAUGGAAAUUUUUAUAAAAUAGGUUUCGUACUUUCUACCUCCUUACUUCUCUUUUUUUUAAUCAAAGGAUGCGAUGUGAUUGGAUCUUUUUUUCUGAGGUCUUGGGACCUCUAUUUUUGGCAAGUUGAGAGUCAUGCUUGCUUUUAGGGUUUUUUCCCCUCUCCUUGGUCAGUUGCCAUUUCUUCUCUUGGAUCCACCUCUCUUCUUGUUCCCUUGAGGGUUUUGGAUUUUAUUCUCUGUGGCUCAUGAAACCACACUUGGUAGGAAGCCCCGUGUGUGGUCAGCCAGGAUUCUGGAAGAGGAGAGUGUGGGCAUCAGGAAGGAAGUGCCUGGGCUAGUGGCCCUCCAGAUGCCUUCGCUGUGCCAGACGUUCUUAUUUCCCAGUUUGGAGCUUUGUUCUCGCUGCUGACUCAUAUGUUGGGUCUUACCUGAGACCUUUGUUUUCACAGGUGAGCCCUAAGAGUAUUCUGCGAAUGGCUCAAGCUUGCGCACACUGAAUCGUGUUAGAACCCUUGGUUUAAGACUCAAGUAUGCUGUCUAGAAGCACACUGCUUCUCUAUUCUGUAGUGUUAACUCCAGAUGAUGUUGCACCAUAUUUUAAAACGGAGCCAGGUCUACCCCAGAUUCACCUGGAAGGAAAUCGCCUCGUUCUCACUUGCCUUGCAGAAGGGAGCUGGCCUUUGGAAUUCAAGUGGAUGCACAAUGACAGUGAGCUCACCACCUACAGCAACGAAUACAAGUACAUUAUUCCAUCUUUACAGAAGCUGGAUGCUGGAUUUUACCGUUGUGUGGUGCGAAACAGAAUGGGAGCACUCCUGCAAAAGAAAUCAGAAGUUCAAGUGGCAUAUAUGGACAGUUUCGUGGAUACAGACCAGAGGAAGACAGUUCCUCAAGGGCAUGCAGCAGUCCUGAACUUGAUGCCCAUCACCAGCUACCCCAGACCUCAAGUGACUUGGUUCAGAGAAGGGCACAAGAUAAUUCCAAGCAACAGAAUAGCCAUCACACUGGAGAAUCAGCUGGUGAUCCUUGAGACAGCAGCUGGUGACGCCGGGGCCUACUACGUGCAGGCUGUCAACGAGAGGAACGGAGAAAACAAGACAAGCCCCUUCGUCUACCUGAGCGUAGCACGAGACACUGGCACUGCUGAGACCAUGGCUCCCACCAUCGUGGUGGCCCCGGGCAACAGGAGCGUGGUGGCCGGAUCCAGUGAGACCACCUUGGAGUGCAUAGCCAGCGCCAGGCCUGUGGAAGAGCUGAGUGUGAACUGGAAGAGAAAUGGAGUGAGGGUCACCAGCGGGCUGCACAGCUUUGGGCGGCGCCUGACUAUCAGCAGCCCCACCUCCGCAGACACGGGCGCAUACGUGUGCGAGGCCACGCUGCGCGGAAGCGCCUUUGAACCAGCCCAGGCUAAGGCCUUUCUCUCCAUCAUAGAGCCACCGUAUUUCACUGCUGAGCCUGAAAGUCGGAUUUUAGUUGAAGUGGAAGAGACUGUGGACAUCGUGUGUCGAGCCAUGGGGGUCCCUCUUCCCACCCUCCAGUGGUACAAGGAUGCCGUUUCCGUUGGCAAGCUCCAGAACCCUCGCUACAAGGUGCUCGCCAGUGGCGGCCUGCGCAUCCAGAAGCUGCGCCCGGAGGACUCCGGAAUCUUCCAGUGCUUUGCCAGCAACGAGGGAGGGGAAAUCCAGACGCACACUUACCUGGCCGUAACCAAUAUUGCUCCUGCGUUCACCCAGCGUCCAGUGGACACCACCGUCACUGACGGGAUGACAGCGAUUCUACGGUGUGAGGUGUCUGGGGCCCCCAAACCCGCCAUCACGUGGAAGAGGGGAAGCCGCAUCCUGGCCAGCGGCUCCGUCCGGAUCCCCAGGUUCAUGCUGCUUGAGUCUGGGGGCCUGCAGAUAGCCCCUGUCUUCACCCACGACGCUGGCAACUACACCUGCUAUGCCGCCAACACAGAGGGGUCCCUGCACGCGUGUGCGGCGCUCACCGUGUGGAAUCGGACGUCCAUCGUCCACCCGCCUGAGGACCGUGUGGUGAUUAAGGGGACCACAGCCACGCUGCGCUGCGGAGCCACUCACGACCCCCGCGUUUCUCUCCGAUAUGUUUGGAAAAAGGACAACACGGUCAUCACCCCAUCCAGCAAUUCUAGAAUUGUGGUGGAGAAGGAUGGGUCCCUCCUCAUUAGCCAGACGUGGUCAGGCGACAUUGGAGACUACACCUGUGAAAUCCUGUCUGAAGGAGGGAACGACUCCAGAGUGGCACGGCUGGAAGUGAUUGAACUGCCUCAUCCACCCCAGAACCUCCUGGCCAGCCUGAACUCCUCCCACAGCCACACCGUGACGCUCUCCUGGGUCCGGCCCUUCGAUGGAAACAGCCCUGUUCUGUACUACAUCGUGGAGCUGUCUGAAAACAACUCCCCAUGGAAAGUGCACCUGUCGAACGUUGACCCUGAGAUGACAAGCGUCACCGUGAGUGGCCUGACUCCAGCCCGCACCUAUCAGUUCAGGGUGUGUGCAGUCAAUCAAGUGGGCAAAGGCCAGUACAGCGCAGAGACAAGCAGGUUGAUGUUGCCUGAAGAACCGCCCAGUGCUCCCCCAAAAAACAUCGUGGCCAGCGGGCGCACCAACCAGUCCAUCAUGGUCCAGUGGCAGCCUCCCCCAGAAACCGAACACAAUGGGGUGCUGCGUGGAUACAUCCUCAGGUACCGCCUGGCCGGCCUGCCUGGGGAGUACCAGCAAGGCAACAUCACCAGCCCGGAGGUGAACUACUGCCUGCUGACGGACCUCAUCAUCUGGACCCAGUAUGAGAUCCAGGUGGCCGCGUACAACAGCGCCGGCCUGGGUGUCUUCAGCCGGGCAGUGACCGAAUACACCUUACAAGGAGUGCCGACCGCACCCCCACAGAACGUGCAGACGGAAGCCGUGAACUCCACCACGAUCCGGUUCCUGUGGAACCCACCCCCGCAGCAGUUUAUCAACGGCAUCAACCAGGGGUACAAGACUUCCAUGGAGUCCACCACGGGUACAUCACCAACUUGAAGAAGUUUACGGCUUACCUCACUUCAGCCCUGUGUUUCACCACGCCGGGGGACGGGCCGCCCAGCACGCCGCAGCUCGUGCGGACUCAUGAAGACAAACCAGGGGCGGUGGGACAUCUGAGCUUCACGGAGAUCCUGGACACGUCUCUCAAGGUCAGCUGGCAGGAGCCCCUGGAGAAAAACGGCAUCAUCACAGGCUACCAGGUUUCCUGGGAGGUGUACGGGAAGAACGCCUCGCGUCUCACACAUACUCUGAACAGCAGCACACACGAAUACAAGAUCCAAGGACUGUCGUCUCUGACAACUUACACCAUCGACGUGGCGGCUGUCACCGCCGUGGGGGCCGGCCUGGCCACCUCGUCCACCAUUUCCUCUGGAGUGCCCCCAGACCUUCCUGGGGCCCCGUCCAACCUAGUCAUCUCCAACAUCAGUCCUCGCUCAGCCACACUCCAGUUCCGACCAGGCUACGACGGGAAGACAUCCAUCUGCAGGUGGAUUGUGGAGGGGCAGGUUGGAGCCAUCGGCGAUGAGGAGGAGUGGGUCAGCCUCUACGAGGAAGAGAAUGAGCCCGAAGCCCAGAUGCUGGAAAUCCCAAACCUCACGCCGUAUACUCACUACAGAUUCCGAAUGAGGCAAGUGAACAUCGUUGGUCCGAGCCCCUUCAGCCAGUCUUCCCGGGUCAUCCAGACGCUGCAGGCACCCCCAGACGUGGCUCCGACCAGCAUCACAGUCCGAACUGCUAGUGAGACAAGCCUGCGGCUCCGCUGGGUGCCCCUGCCCGACUCCCAGUACAACGGGAACCCCGAGUCCGUGGGCUACAGGGUCAAGUACUGGCGCCCAGACUUCCCGUCUUCGGCACUGUCCCAAGUUGUCAGCGACCGGCUGGAGAGGGAGCUGACCAUCGAGGCGCUGGAGGAGUGGACCGAGUACGAGCUGCAGAUGCAGGCCUUCAACGCCAUCGGGGCCGGGCCCUGGAGCGAGGUGGUUCGGGGUCGCACACGGGAGUCAGUUCCUUCUGCUGCCCCAGAAAACGUGUCAGCUGAGGCGGUCAGCUCCACCCAGAUUCUGCUCACCUGGGCCUCCGUGCCCGAACAGGACCAGAACGGGCUCAUCCUGGGUUACAAGAUUCUGUUCCGGGCCAAAGAUCUGGAUUCCGAGCCUCGCAGCCAGGUCGUGCGAGGGAACCACACGCAGUCGGCGCUGCUGGCCGGGCUGCGCAAGUUUGUGCUGUACGAGCUGCAGGUGCUGGCGUUCACACGCAUCGGCAACGGGGUGCCCAGCUCACCCCUCAUCCUGGAACGCACCAAGGAUGACGCCCCAGGACCGCCAGUCAGGCUGGUGUUCCCCGAGGUGCGGCUCACCUCCGUGCGCAUCGUGUGGCAGCCCCCCGAGGAGCCCAACGGCAUCAUCCUGGGGUACCAGAUCGCCUACCGCCUGGCCAGCAGCAGCCCCCACACCUUCACCACCGUGGAGGUCGGCGCCACGGUGCGGCAGUUCACGGCCACGGAGCUGACCCCCGAGUCCGCGUACAUCUUCAGGCUGUCUGCCAAGACGAGGCAGGGCUGGGGGGAGCCGCUGGAGGCCACGGUCAUCACCACAGAGAAGAGAGAGCGGCCAGCGCCCCCCAGGGAGCUCCUGGUGCCCCAGGCAGAAGUGACCGCGCGCAGCCUCCGGCUCCAGUGGGUCCCAGGCAGCGAUGGGGCCUCCCCCAUCCGGUACUUCACGGUGCAGGUGCGAGAGCUGCCCAGGGGAGAGUGGCAGACUUAUUCCUCGUCCAUCAGCCAUGAAGCCACAGCCUGUGCAGUUGAAAGGCUGAGACCCUUCACCUCCUACAAGCUGCGCCUGAAAGCCACCAACGACAUCGGGGACAGCGACUUCAGUGCAGAGACAGAGGCGGUGACCACGCUGCAGGACGUCCCAGGAGAGCCUCCAGGGUCCGUCUCUGCGACGCCGCACACCACCUCCUCGGUUCUGAUCCAGUGGCAGCCUCCACGGGACGAGUCCCUGAACGGCCUUCUCCAGGGCUACAGGAUCUACUACCGGGAGCUCGAGUCCGAGGCGGGCUCAGGCCUUGAGGCCAAGACGCUCAAAAGCCCUUCCGCUUUGCGAGCCGAGCUCACAGCCCAGAGCAGCUUCAAGACCGUGAACAGCAGCUCCACGUUAACAACGUAUGAAUUAACACAUCUGAAGAAGUACAGGCGCUAUGAAGUGAUCAUGACCGCCUAUAACAUCAUCGGCGAGAGCCCAGCCAGCGCACCUGUGGAGGUCUUUGUCGGCGAGGCCGCCCCAGCGAUGGCCCCGCAGAACGUCCAGGUGACCCCGCUCACGGCCAGCCAGCUGGAGGUCACGUGGGACCCGCCGCCCCUGGAGAGCCAGAACGGAAUCAUCCAGGGCUACAAGAUCUACUACUGGGAGGCAGACAGCCAGAACGAGACAGAGAAGAUGAAAGUCCUCUUCCUGCCCGAGCCCGCCGCGAAGCUCAAGGACCUGAGCAGCCAUACCAAGUACCUGGUCAGCAUCUCCGCCUUCAACGCCGCGGGGGACGGGCCCAGGAGCGAGCCCCGGCAGGGCCGCACCCACCAGGCCGCUCCGGGGGCCCCCAGCUUCCUGGCCUUCUCAGAAAUCACGUCCACCACACUCAACGUGUCCUGGGGGGAGCCCGUGGCCGCCAACGGCAUCCUGCAGGGCUACCGUGUGGUGUACGAGCCCUUGGCACCGGUCCAAGGGGUGAGCAAGGUGGUGACGGUGGACGUGAAGGGGAAUUGGCAGCGCUGGCUCAAGGUGCGGGACCUCACCAAAGGAGUGACCUAUUUCUUCCGUGUCCAAGCCCGGACCAUCACCUACGGGCCGGAGCUCCAGGCCAAUGUCACAGCCGGGCCAGCCGAGGGGUCACCAGGGUCCCCGAGAGAUGUCCUGGUCACCAAAUCUGCCUCUGAGCUGACUCUGCAGUGGACCGAGGGGAAGGCUGGCUACACACCCACCAUGGGCUACAUCAUAGAGGCCAGGCCCUCAGAUGAAGGCCUGUGGGACAUGUUUGCCAAGGACAUCCCCCGGAGCGCCACGUCCUACACCGUGAGCCUGGACCAGCUGCGACAGGGAGUGACCUACGAGUUCCGCGUGGUGGCCGUGAACGAGGCGGGCUACGGGGAGCCAAGCAGCCCGUCCACUGCUGUGUCAGCUCAAGUGGAGGCGGUAUUCUACGAGCAGUGGUGGUUCCUCCUGGUGAUGGCUCUCUCCAGCCUGAUCAUCGUCCUGCUGGUCGUGUUUGCCCUGGUCUUGCACGGACAGACCAAGAAAUACAAGAACUGCAGCACAGGCAAGAGCAUCUCCACCAUGGAGGAGUCUGUGACCCUGGACAACGGGGGAUUUGCUGCCCUGGAGCUCAACAGCCGGCACCUGAACGUCAAAGGCACCUUCUCCAAGAAGAACGGGACCAGAUCCCCGCCGCGGCCCAGCCCAGGUGGGCUGCACUACUCAGACGAGGACAUCUGCAACAAGUACAACGGCACCGUGCUGCCCGAGGGCGUGAAUCUCAAGGAGAACUCGGCGGACGCCUCAGAGUCCGAGGUUUCCGACUCGGACUACGAAGACGCGCCCCCCAAGCACUCCUUCGUCAACCACUACAUGAGCGACCCCACCUACUACAACUCCUGGAAGCGCCGGCCGCCCGGCCGCGGCCCUGCACCGCACAGGUACGAGGCCGUGGCGGGCACGGAGGCGGGCCCGCACCUGCACCCGGUGGUCACCACACAGAGCUACGCCCCCGCGCCAGGCGCCCGGACUCCACUCACUGGCUUCUCCUCCUUCGUGUGAACGCCACGCCGCAGCCCCGGAGUCCAUUUUGUUAAGACAAUCAACUCCGGCCACCGCUGAAGUUUUUGUUUAAAGGAAUCCUUCUGAUAAGUGAUGAUCUUACCGACUCGUGAACACUAGAUUUCAAUUAGAAGGUUUUUUUAAAAGCUUUUUGUAACACGCUGCAGGAAGCAGUUUCUUUCUUUCUCUUUUCUUUUUAAGAGAAGGUCUAUCUCACUGGUGCAGGGCAGGCAGCCCUGGGCCAUCAGGAUCUCCCCCAGGGCCGGCCGGGCAUCCAUCCCAGAGACACUAGGAAGGCGAGCGGGCGAGCGCGCGGGGCCAGGCGAGGGCGCAGGCACCGGGCUGCCUCCUCCUCUUUCUACCUCCUCGUCCGAGAACCGGCCGGCUCGCAGCCCUGCACCGUCUGCAUGCCCAGCCCCCCGCGCCCUCCCGGGUUUCCAGAGCAGCUGUCCACCCGGGGCUCGGCACCAUCUGUGUCUGGACCGCUCUCACCCAGCAGACGGUAGGCGAGGAGUCCGCCAAGGCUGCGGACAACACAGCCGGCAGGCAGCAGCCCCGACCCCGACGCGGCGCACCGGUCACGGGCGGCGGCUCCUUCCUUCCUUCCUUCUUUUCUUCCUUCCUUCCCUCCUCAGCCAGACAGUGCGGGAACAGGCACCUCCCCGUGGCCAAGACACCGCGAUGGCCAGGGCGGGCUCACGCCACCCUGAGCACUCGCACACGGCCAGGUCCAGAGAGAGAGCGAGCGAGCCAGCAAGCCAGCGUUUGCGGGAUUGCUUGUUGUGUAGGAAGUGUGCAUUGUUAACCAGAGUAUUUUUUUAAACCUUUUUAUCUUUUUUUAAAAUGUGUCACAUGAAAUGAACGCGUCUUUGCUGUC